AUUUUUAAACCACUCAUUCCUCAAUGAUGUAGCCUCGGCCGAAGCUCCAAGCUUUUUUGGUUUCUCUCUUCAUAGCAAAAUACCCAUCUUCUCUCUUUCUCUCUCUCUCGUCUCUACAUGUCAUCUUUUCACUUUCAGAGCCCGGAGACGAACAGGGAGUGAAUUUCAAGUGAUUCCCAACUUGGAUCUAGUCGAUAUUUUUUCGUUUUUUGGCUGCUAAGUUGGCGAUUCUUGUGAAGAAAGAAGAGAAUCGGAAAUGGGUAUCGCUGCUCAAGAAGCAAUCAGGCAGUUGCAGGCUUUGAUGGAAGAAGUGGACGAGCCGCUGAGGUGUACAUAUGAGAAUAUCCACCAAGGAUAUCCUACUGAAACUUUGGUGCGGUUCUUGAAAGCAAGAGAGUGGAAUGUUCCAAAAGCCUAUGAGAUGUUGGUAAACUGUCUAAAGUGGAGGAUUGAAAAUGAGAUCGACACUAUUUUGGCGAACCCAAUUACCCCUGUAGAAUUGUACAGAGCAGUGCGAGAUUCUCAGCUCAUCGGUUUGUCAGGUUACUCUAAAGAGGGUUUUCCAGUUAUUGCUAUUGGUGUUGGGCUCAGUACAUAUGACAAAGCAAGUGGCAAUAAGUACGUGCAGUCCCACAUCCAAAUGAAUGAAUAUAGAGAUCGAGUAGUGCUGCCUCAGGCCACAAAGAAGCACGGGCGAUAUAUCGGCACAUGCAUUAAGGUUUUGGAUAUGACUGGUUUGAGGCUUUCAGCACUGAAUCAAAUUAAGCUCCUGAGCAACAUAGCCUCGGUUGAUGACCUGAAUUAUCCAGAGAAGACGGAAACAUACUAUAUUGUUAACCCACCUCGAAUAUUUUCAGCUUGUUGGAAGGUCGUGAAGCCCCUUUUGCAAGAAAGAACAAGGAGGAAAAUUCAGGUGCUGCAUGGUUGUCCAAGAGACGAGUUAUUAAAGAUAAUGGAUUACUCUUCCCUCCCCCACUUUUGUAGAAAAGAAGGCUCUGGAUCAUCCUGGCGUUCUGAGAAUGGGGUAGCCGAUAGCUGUUUCUCCUUCGAUCACCCUUUCCAUCAACAGCUCUACAACUUCAUGAAGGAGCAAGCCCUGCUCAUGGAGUCGGUGGCUCCUAUAAAGCAUGGUUCCUUCCAAGUUGCAAUUCCUGACCCGGACCCAGAAGAUGUGAAGAUCACUCGGACCAUAGAAUCAACGUUCCACAUGUUUGGGAAUCAGAAUGGCCUUGUUGGUUCACUAAAUGGACUAAAAGUAAAUGGUAACUGAAGGCUCCGACUUCUGCUGACUACACCUCUGGAGGCUUAUGUUGCAGAGAAGAUGCAACGGUACUAAAAAGAAAUUCCCCUUUCUAUUACAAGAGGGGCUUGUACUCAGUAUUACGACAUUUAGUCGCGUCUGCUUGCAUCCGCUUGACGCAGGCUUUGUAGGAGAGACCUUGCGCAUCAGAGCUCGCCAUCAUUAACUAGUAGUAUUUGACCGCUUUGAUUUAAUUCUAAUGAUGUAAAAGCUUGCUUGUGGCAUUAUCUGGUAUGUGUCUGGAAUCAUCAAAGCCUUCCUGUUAGUGCCUAUCCUCCCAAAAAGUGAAGGAAAAGAGACCAUGUUGCUGGCGACUUGGCGAGGCAAUAUUUGCAUUUUCUUGGUCCUGGGUGGCUCUAUAUUCCAGCACAUAAUAUUAUGCUAUGACAGUGUAAAGUCCUUCCCUAUUCCCCAUCUGAA